AUGCCUGACCCCCGUUCGCAAGGGGACAGCCCUCCCCAAACCUCCCAGAAUCCCACCAAAGAAGACAACAAACCACCCCACAAGCCCGAAACCAGCCGCGGCCUCGCAACCGUCCUCCUAACAAAAUGCAAUCUUAUCCUCACUGAAAUCGACACCUUCCAAUUUCUCCUCUCGCAAAAACUCCGUAACCCCCAACUCAUCGAAAUCCGCUCCCUCCGCUCAAGCAUCGUCUCCGAACUCCGGACUCUCGAGAAACUAAGCGAUAGGAUCGAAGCUGCAUUUGCUGCUGCUGAACAGAAGGGGGAUGGGGGAGAGGAGAUUGAGGCGCGGUAUAUACAUGCGCUGAGGUCGUCGAAUUUGCCGUUUUAUGAGGCUGUUUGGGGCAUUGCGAAAGAAUCUUGCAGUGGGUUGGCGGCGUUUGGGAAGAGGUUUUAUUGGGGGGAGGGUGCGGUGGAGGAUGUGGAUGUGGAUGCAAGUACUGGGAAAAAGAAGGGGAAAGGAAAGAAGGAUGGGGAGGAUGGGAAGAAGCUGCCGAACAAGGACAAGCGGAAGAGUGUGUUGGUUGAUAUCGUCGCUGAUGAUGGGGAGGAAUGGGUGAAGGUGUCUACUAUCUCAGAGAGUCGGCUGCUAUUCGAAAUGGCUGAGAAGGGAUGGGAGAAGGAGUCGGAGCCCGGGUCUGACAACGAGGAUGAAGAGAAAGGCAGGACUGUCCUACGGAACUACGAAGAUGAAAACGAAGAUGAUGAGGACGAUGAAGUCGGACUGAUCAAGCUGGCUAUCGACAUGCGGAGAGCCGCCAAUGCUACGCGGGUGAGAUAUAGGCGCCCUCAGAUACGCUUUGUGCUGCCACGAAUUGAGGAACAGAAGAGUUCUGAUAUUGAUGAUCUGAUUGAUACAAUCCGGGGCUAUGGUAUCACAGUUGAAUGCGGGGGAAGAUAUACGGAGGUGUCUGAUUCGCAAACAGCGGAAAAUCAGCUGAGCCAUCUCCUCCCUAGCCAUUUCGUCCGGUUCACCCCUUCGCUAAAUGUGGACUGCACGUUGCUUCUUGCUAUGGUAUCGGACUUGUCGCAUUGCAAAUCCGUACAGCCUUCCCCCGAACACCAUACUGCCAUCAAUAGGCAGAUCGAGAUUGAAAGGGAACAUCCUCUACUGCCUGUAGAGAUUUGGCCGGCAACAGUUGACCGGGAAAUGCUAUGCACAGACGAGGCAGGGAAACGGAUGCAAGAAAUUGUCGAUACCAUCGGUACCGAUAGCGAAAAGAAGCGGACAGAUGUUUUGUUAGGUGUUCCACCUUUCGAUGGUUUGGAUUCAGACACUCUUGUCCAGAAAUUCCAGGAACUAUCGGACUAUGAGGUCCCGACACACUGGAGACUUCCGAUAAAGACCGUCGAAGCAAGACCCGUGAUCGACUCGGGACGAAAACAAGCGAAGCUCCCUCCCAUAGUUGAAAGUGUGGCCGAGAUGCUAUCCGAUAUCAACUAUAGUGUGUUUCUGUAUGGAUGGGUCACCGGAUUAGUGACCAUAUCCAGCAAUCGUACUGUGGUCAGGCAGAUAGAGACCACGGUGGAAAAUCAUAGAAACGGCGAUGAAGACUUGGUAGGGCCAACAGUCUGGGUUUGCGACACACCCAGAAGUUUGAUUGGAAAAGAGAGGGACCGGAGGGAAUAG